AUGUCCGUCUGUGGUGAUGUUCCUGCACAGGAACUAUGCAAGAAGAGGGGCACAUCCGCAUUGCCUCAACCCUCCAUUGACGCCUUCCAGUGGGAGCGCCGAAAGCACUGA